AUGACGUAAGAAAGAAUGUUCGGGCCGGUUCUGGCGUGCACUACAAGCUUCUCGUUAGCUGAUGUAACAGGCGGCGGUUUGUAGGAAACAUGUUGUGAAGUAUAUAUAUAAAGUGAAACGCACCCGAAUAGUGGCAUUUGUAAGUAGUGGGUUAUUGUGAGACUUUGUGCUGAAGGCGUACUUAGACGGAAAUAUAAGAGAAAAAUAAUCGUCAGUUUGAGGAGUAAACGUAACCUCACUUGUAACUCAAUCCGCGACUGCAGUCAUCACAGCAAACAUGUUUCAACACUGCAAGAGGCUAAUCCCAAUGGUGUCGCGACGAGGAUUUCUGGUAAACCAACAGCAUCCAGGGCCAGUGAUUCGCAAUUUCUGGAGUCUGUAUCGCCCUUCCGACAUGAGGUCCGUUUUUCGAGAUAUGGACAAGGCACUGGAGAGGUUCGAGCGGGAUGUGAUUGACCACUUUCCAUUCCGUCGAAUUUUACCUCGAUCGAUCCCCAUCCAAGGCAUUGUACAGCGUGGUGAUGUCUACCGGGUCAACGUGGAUGUGGACGGCUUCAAACCUGAGGAGAUUAACAUCUCCAUGAAAGACAACAUCCUUGUUAUCAGGGCAAGAAUGGAGAGGAAGGGAGAGGACGGUAGCAAGUUUCAGCAGGAGUUCACACGUGAGAUGACUUUGCCGGAAGAAGUGGACCCCACCUCAUUGAAGUCCUUCCUGGGUAAUGACGGCGUUCUGAGCAUCGAAGCGUCGUAUAAGCCAGAAGUGAAAUCGAAAGAAAUACCAGUGAGUCGAGAGUAGAUGGAUGGGUAGCUUGUGGUUUUGCUGGGGAUGAAUGUAUAACCAUUUACAGGGAAUAUCUAGAGUUAAUAGCACAUGAUUUAAAUGUAAAACGCUUUCAGAAGCUGCAGUAUAUAUGUGAAUAUGUUUUGUUGUAAUAUUUGGUUAAUUUCCACAUUUCUUGUGUAGUGUAGUUGGGCAGACUUUUGUAAUUUGCACAGUUGUAGGUAAAUUGAAAUUAACAUACUAGAUAUUAUGUGUGUGUCAUAUGUUGUGGUGAUUUUUGUUAAACAUUGUGUAACCUGAGGUUUGAAAACUUCGGCUGUUGGUCACUGAAAGUGGUGAAAUGGUGGGAUCCCAUUUCUCUAAGCAGUCAACACAAAAUUUUGUUCCUAGGGCCACAAUUGCAGUGAGACAUUUGCCUAUUUAAGACCUGAUAAAUAAAAACUAGUGUUUUAAGCAUGUGAAAUCAAAGAAGAGAAUAUA